CCGGAGGGCGGCGCAGGCGCAGUGGGCGGCGGCCGUUGGGAGUCGGAGCGGGAAGGGGAACCGGGCCGGGAGAAGAUGGCGGCGGCGGCGGCCUUCCAGCGCUCCUUCGACCCCGAGGACCACGAACUGGACAAGGGCUUUCGGCUGACGGCGCUCUCCGACCUGAAGGGAUGAGGCUGCAAAGUCCCGCAGGAGGUGCUGCUCAAACUCCUGCAGGGACUCGGGCCGGAGUCGCAGCCCGACGCCGGGGCUGGCGGCGACGACGACAGCAGCCAGUUCCUGGGCGCCGUCAUGCCGCGGAUCGGGAUCGGGAUGGAUUCCUGCGUGAUCCCGCUGCGGCAUGGAGGCCUCUCCCUCGUACAGACGACUGACUUCUUCUACCCUCUGGUCGACGACCCUUACAUGAUGGGCCGGAUUGCCUGCGCCAACGUCCUGAGCGACCUCUACGCCAUGGGCAUCACGGAGUGCGACAACAUGCUGAUGCUGCUGAGCGUGAGCCAGAAAAUGACCGAGAAGGAACGGGAUAAGGUGGUGCCUCUGAUGAUCCGGGGUUUCAAGGACGCGGCGGAGGAGGGCGGCACCUCGGUGACCGGCGGGCAGACGGUGGUGAACCCAUGGAUCAUCAUUGGGGGUGUGGCGACCGUGGUCUGCCAGCCCAACGAGUUCAUCAUGCCCGACAACGCAGUUCCAGGUGAUGUACUGGUGCUGACGAAGCCGCUGGGGACCCAGGUCGCCGUGAACAGUCACCAGUGGCUGGAGAAUCCCGAGAAGUGGAACAAGAUAAAGCUGGUGGUCUCCCAGGAGGACGUGGAGCUCGCCUAUCAGGAGGCCAUGUUCAACAUGGCCCGGCUUAACAGGACAGCCGCCGGACUGAUGCACACCUUCAACGCCCACGCGGCCACGGACAUCACCGGCUUCGGCAUCCUGGGCCACGCCCAGAACCUGGCCAAGCAGCAGCGAAACGAGGUCUCCUUCGUCAUCCACAACCUGCCCAUCGUCGCCAAGAUGGCCGCCAUCAGCAAGGCCUGCGGCAACAUGUUCGGGCUGCUCCACGGCACUUCGGCCGAGACCUCGGGCGGCCUGCUGAUCUGCCUGCCUCGGGAGCAGGCGGCCCGCUUCUGCGCCGAGAUCAAGUCGCCCAAGUACGGCGAGGGCCACCAGGCCUGGAUCAUCGGCAUCGUGGAGAAGGGCAACCGCACGGCUCGCAUCAUCGACAAGCCCAGGAUCAUCGAGGUGGCGCCCCGGGGGGCGUCCUCGCCACAGGACAACAACUCGAGCGCCAGCCCCGAGACCCCCUCGUAAGCUGGCUGGUCCGGGGGACGGGGGGGGGAGGGGUGGUGGGUAGUCUGUGUCCGCCCCUCCCUCUCCCUCCCCCUCCUCAGCACACCCACCAACACGGAGCCCCCUGCUCCCCGAUUAAAUUUGCUCUCCCCCCUUGUGCCCCCCCCCCCACUCUGACGGUAUCCGGCGCAAGGUUCUCAGAGGAAGAAAGUAUUUGGGGGGGGGGUUGGGGGGCAGAAUUCGGGGCUUGUGACCACAUUUGCCAACUGUUAAAUGUUUGUGAAACGUCUCCCUGCACUCUCUCUCCCCCACCCCCACCCCUUCGUGUGUUCUGGGCAGCAGACUCCCCACCCCCCUGCGUUAGCAUUGUGCCGGGGUCGAUCCGAGCUGCCCCCUCCUCACCCGCGGACAUCCGCUUCUCUUCUUCCCCUUCCCCUCCUUCUCCCCCUCCCCACUUUUCUCCAAGUCUCCCGCAGAGGGGCGGCUUGUCUCUCUUGGCAAGACCUAGGGCGGCCCCCCCCACCCCCCACCCCCAGCAGCCCCGCCGACGAGGUCCAGGGUCGUGGGUGCGAAAGACGAAACAGUCCAACACCCCUUUUCGGAUUCUCCACCCCCUCCCCAACCCUCCCUACCCCCCGGAACCAAGUGUCCGAUCUGUGCCGUGGUAUCCCGUUCCACCGCCCAACCGUGAUUUAGCCGUAGAGUGUAGCAUUGAUUACCCAUGGGUGUGAAUCAGGGUUUCCCGACUCUCUGUACAGGGUUCUGCUGUUUGAAUUGAAAACCCCACCGUCCUGUUCCCCCCCCCACCCCUCCAUUGCCUUCCGCUGCGCAGUCCCCCACCCCUCGCUGCCACCCCUCGUGCCCUGCCCUUGAUUGAGCAGCAGGGGCAGGGCCCAAGGCUGGGGGGGGGCGGGGAAGUGAGGGGUAGGAAUAAAGUGCAUGAGGGGGGCCCGCGGGGCACCUGACCGGUCCUGCCGUUGGCCCACGCUCCUAUCGGAUACCCGCCCCGCCCUCUGCAAAUGAAGCCUCCCCCCGCAAAGCCCCGCCCGUGACGGGGCUGGGAGUGUGGCCGAUCUGGCGAGACGAGAGGGUGGGCCGUAUCCAGGGCUGCAGGUCAACGGGCUGGAUCCUUAUCCACCCCCCACCAACCCCAACUCCCACCCCCCCCCCAGCUGUGGAUCCACGUCAUGGACCAAUAAAUGAUUUUUAUAAAACUC